CCGGCGCGCCCCAGGAGCAGUAGCGCUGGGGCCGUUCCGCGCCGCCCCGCCUGAGCGUACCAUGGGCGCGGAGCGCAGGGCGGCGGUUCCCCGCGGCUGCGCCUGCGGCGGCAGCUGGCGGCUCUUCCUCGGCUUCUUCGCGCUGUCGCUGGCGCUGCACGUCCUGACGCUGGGUUGUUACCUGGAGCUGCGCUCUGAGCUCCGCCGAGACCGCGGCCCGCAGCCCGCGGCCCCGCCGCGCCGGGACGGGACGGCGGCAGCGCCCAGAGCUCCGGCCGGGGGCCGCCCGCAGCGUGCGGCCGAGGGCGCGGAGCGGCGCCAGCAGCUGGCCUUGCUGAACUUCUUUCACCCUGAGGAGAAGCUGCACGUUGGAGAAGAAGGGAGACGCAUCCAUCGGAAUAAAAGGAGUAAAGGCAGCGAAGGGCCUGACAAUCCAAGCUCAGUGAAAACCAAGAAAAAGGGUAAAAAGGCUGGUCCUCCAGGGCCCAAUGGUCCCCAAGGGCCACCAGGUCCUCCCGGGCCACAGGGUCCCCCCGGCAUUCCUGGCAUCCCCGGGAUUCCAGGCACAACCGUCAUGGGACCGCCUGGCCCCCCUGGCCCACCGGGCCCUCAGGGACCACCUGGAGUGCAGGGCCCCUCAGGUGCCACAGACAAGGCCAGCUCCAGAGACAUCCAGCCAGCUGUGGUCCAUCUCCAAGGCCAAGGCUCAGCAAUCCAAGUGAAGAAUGAUCUUUCAGGUGGAGUCCUCAAUGACUGGUCUCGCAUCACUCUGAACCCGAAGAUGUUUAAACUGCAUGCCCGCAAUGGGGAGCUGGAGGUACUGGUGGACGGCACAUACUUCAUCUAUAGUCAGGUAGAAGUCUACUACAUCAACUUCACCGACUUUGCCAGCUACGAGGUGGUAGUGGACGAUAAGCCCUUUCUGCAAUGCACUCGGAGUAUCGAGACUGGCAAGACCAACUUCAACACCUGCUACACAGCCGGGGUGUGCCUGCUCAAGGCCAGGCAGAAGAUCGCCGUGAAGAUGGUCCACGCUGACAUCUCCAUCAACAUGAGCAAGCACACGACUUUCUUUGGGGCCAUCCGCCUGGGAGAUGCACCCGCAUCCUAGAGAGGAACUUGGCAUGGCCAAGGACACCCACGGAACUGCACAGUGCUGCUGUUCAUAAAGCGUAUCAGUAUUUCAGGGGUUCUGUAAUCCGGCCAUAAAGGAAACUGAUCCAGAGCUAUUUAUUCCUAUAUGUGAAUGCAGGAAGCACAAUUGUCCUCUGUGACUCGCAGGGAGACUUGGAUCAAACCAAAAAGCUGGUGAGGAGAGCGUUGUGAGGAGGAAAGACUGUUGGGUGUGCCUUGUCUCAGUAUUUCAAGUAUUACUGCACUGAUGCUCUGUGAGCUUCACACGAGGCUUGGUGGGAGAGCUGGGGGCUCUGCUCAGAUGUUGCACUGGCAAGAGCAUCCCAGGCAGGAGUGGGAGGCACAGACUCCUGUCUCAAAAUCCCAGCCAAGGCUCCUGCUUGUGCAUACUAAUGACAGCCAAGAAGGGGAUUCUGGCUUCCUGCCUUCCCAAGGGGAGCUGGAAAGCUGGAAGGGCCGGGGGAAGAGGGGAGGUGGGUAAGACAGGGACAGUGGUGUUUACAUUCAUCCUCAGGAGGAGGAAAAGUGCCUCAACCUAGAGCUUGGAAGCAAAAGUAGAAAGUGCGAGAGGAAGAAGAAUAACUAGAGCAGGCUUAGCAGAUAGGAAACUGCCUCCACAUUCCAGAAACCACCAAAUCCCAAAGAAAAUGCCGAUUCCCAGGUCCAGGACUCUGCUCCUUUCAGCUCCUGCUCUUACCCCAGAGGUAACCUUGCUCCAGCGGGGGCUGCCUUCAAGUACUGCUGCUGUUACAGCAAGUUGAGUUGGGUUGGGGGUAUUUUGGUUUUGUUUUGGUUUUGUUUUGGUUUUGUUUUGGUUUUGUUUUGGGAGGGGGUUGUUUUGUUCUUUUUAAUUAAUAUUUUGCAAACCAGAACACAUUUCUACAGGCUUCACUGAGCCACGUACAGCAGCCACAAGUACUUGUGACAACACUCGGAGGAAGUUUGUUAUGUUUAAGAAUAAAAUAUUCAAACAGGA